AUGGCAGAUGACAGGGGCAUGUCGACUGAGCUAAAGGAGGUUUGGGGUGACGACACUGUAUAUUCAGCAUCGUUCUACCAACCAGAAGAUGUAUUGUAUGAAGGUUCAGAAGAUGAGGGCUACGAGAACUCAGCUACGAGACGACGCCGUUACGAAGCGGCUGGGCAGCGAUUUCUAGACGGUGCUGUUCCUGCGCUCAUCUCCGCCGCUUUAAGGGGCCCAUUUGACAGACGUUCGGGUUUCAUCAACCCAUGGGUAUCCCACCGUCACGAGGGGACAGCCCGCAGCUUGACAGGACCCUCUAAGCCCGUCGAAAAAGCUACGUCGCAAAGCAAGAACUCGGUCCGCAAGCCCAAGCCAGAUCCUACGCUGCAGGCCCGUUACGCCGGUUGCCAUCUACCUAGUCCCGAGAGCCUUAAGCAGGCUCCAUAUACCCAAGAGCAUCCAUAUCUAGCAGCAGACAGGCUUGAAAAAGUCAACAAGUGGAGGGAGCAGAUUGACCCUUUUCCCGAUAACAGGAAUGGUUUCUUGGUCUCUGACGACGCAGAAGCUUCAACAUCUAUCAGAAAAAGAAGUGCGCCUGGGUCCGAAUGGUUGAAGAAAGUGUCUACAAAAAGACAUCGGUCUGCCACCUCACAAAAACAGCCCCAUCGUCAAGAACAAGAAGAUGACGAGCCUGACGAACUCAUGGCGGAUCUGCCGUCGUCUAGUUUUGAGAACGUGGCACCAGUCAUGUCGCCAUCCAAGCGGAGAUCACCAAGAAACGCCAUGCGAAGAAACAGUUGCAAGGGACUGGUGGAGUCUGAUGAUGAACUCAGUCCUAACAAGGCAGCAGCUGCAACUCUUUCAUCUCCUGUGUCACUGCGAAAUGGCCCAGUCAUAUGCUCCUCUUCCAAAGGAAAUCAGCCGCCGGACUAUAUUACGUCAUCUAUUGGAACUCAAACUACCCCAUCUCGCCUACGACAUGUAAGAGUGUUAGAUACGUUGAGUAAGAACAGAUCGCCUUCACAGGAAGACCAGACGGGUGACGGACCCAACGUCAAACCACAAGCCGCAAGCGGGCAAGUCAUUGAGGCCACGGUUGAAAAUAUAUCCGAAACUGGCUCCGUUACCGAAUCCGAGCCCGAAACCAUAGCGGAUGAAGACGAUAAUGGCUCAGCAAUGCUGGUUGGGGAUGACUGUAUUGUUGUCAACACAACCUGUGAAGACAUAGCUUGUGAAGACGCGACUUCGGAAGCUACGAAUAGUCAACCUGAAAACCAGCGCUAUGGACCUGAGUUACCUCCAAGCAAGCUCAAGGCCGAAAUGGACGGUAACUCGGACCCCAUCGCUCAGAGGACCGAUUCAGACGUCAAAAUGCACGAUCUGCCUAGCAUGAAAUCGGAACCGCAAGGCGUAGCGCAAUGCGCUGUUCCAGGCUCGACUCGGAAUCCUACUGGACCCGACAACAAUGGAAACCCAGAUAAUGCGCCUAUGAAGCAGCUCGAUAUUCCAGUUGCACAAUCAGAUGAUGACAGGGUCAUGAACAUGGAAUCAGGAGAUGAAAUCGUGGCCCAUGAAGGUGGUGCCGACGUGAAACUAGAGAACAACCUCUCAGACAUGGAUUCGGAAGAUGAUUCAGGAAACUCAAGUGCUGCAACCCACAAAACCUUUUCGAUGGGUAAUAUUGUACCAGACCGUUCACAAGACACAAACCACGCUUCUACAUCAGACGACAUUGCAGUUGAUGAUGGGAAGACUGUUUCCAUAGAAAGCAAAUCCUCUACAACUUCCACAAUGAGGAAAGAUAUGCAAAGUGAUUCGGAAUCCGUCAAACCUGAAACUCCUACAACUCCUCGCCAAGCUGAACGUGUCAAAGAAGACGCAUCUGAAUUCAGGUUUAAGACCAUCUUCAAUCGAUUUGUUCUUUCUAGCCCAGGGAACAGACUGACACGACUAGCUCUUUCACCUUCGUCAUCUCCUUCAGCAACUUCCAGCAAGAAGUUUGCGGUCACGAAUGAGUCUGCAGAUCAAAUCGUGGAGGCAGAUGCUCAAGCCAGCCAGACACAUAAGAAAGAAUUACCUAGCCCGCGUCGUAAUGAGCUCAUAAGUGACUUUGGCCACUUACAUGAGCCGGCUCAGCCACAACAGAAAGUCUCAUAUAGCCAAAGCGACAGGCAGCUGAAGGACCCAGAGACAGAAGAUCAGCGCAUCCCCAAGUCCCAGCAGAGCCCUUGGGUCAAUACGGAUGAUGUCAUAUUGUCCAGGUCACCGUUGGGCAUGCUAUCACUAAAUAUCUCCGGAGCGAAACCAUCCAGGAACGAGGCCGAGAAUAUUGCAACCGUAUCCCCAUCUGAUAUCCAAAGCCCAUGGAUACAGAAUACAUCAUCCUAUGUCGCGUCAUUCGGUCAGCCAUCAUCAAGUCCGAGCAACGAAAAUGUCGAACAAAGCCCGUUCGCCAAACCAUCAAGGCCCCGACCAAGGACCCCCGAACCCCAAUUUUACCUCAAGUCUUUCUCAUCGUUUAUGUCCCCGUCGCCGGAUCGGAACCGAGGGGAAGGCAUGUCAAUCUCGGCGUCUCGACAGGUAUUCAGAAGUACCCAAGGGUCUCUCCCGUCGUCUCUGAAAAGUCGAUGGAGCCAGAAACACCCGGGUCUGCGUGUUUCAUGGGCGGCAUCGCUUGAAGAGUUCGAAGGAACGCCAGGGCGAGAAGAUGCUUGCGCAGCCCGUCAUAUGCCAAAGAGACAGAACUCGCCGCCACCGGAGACCCUUGGUGGCGAUUUCCGGCAAGCCCACGACACAAAGUUCGCAAAGCACUUUGAAGCUGUAGCAAACCGCAGAGACGGACAGUCACAGAAUCUCAUCCCAACAGAAUCCCAGCAACUACAGAGUCCUGGCCCCUUCGCCAUGGCUGAAACUUUCAUGACAGCUGACACCAAUACCGCGGGACCAGUGUGCAAGGAUAUGAAAAGCGAGGAGCAUAUUGAAUCCCUUGCUUGCAGUCGGGCAUCAGAAGAGCCGAUGGAUGUUGUCGAAGACAUGGUUCGGGAAAUGGGAGAUUUUUGGGACUCCUGGAACAUUGAUGCGGAGCUGGAACAAGCACGAAAGGGAGUGUCAGGAGGGCAAACAUCUCUAUCAUUGGGACGUGAGGGAUAA